AUGAGUGAAAAUAUUGAACUGAUUUUGGUACCAUGCCACUCGAUAUGGAAAUCUUCAGCACAAUCAAGCAAUGGAACCAUAAAUUUAGGUCAAUUGCCUGACUACUGGCAUUUGGCACCUUUUCAAUACGAAGGUAACGAUCAUUUGGCGUUCAUCAAGCAUGGACUAACAGCCAUCAAACUACUGCUGCAAAGAAUGAACCAUGCAACUGUCAUAUUCAGUGGAUCCCAAACUAAAAAGCAAGCCGGUGUCAUAUCUGAAGCACAAAGCUACUACUUUCUAUGCGAAAAGCURAUCAGGUAUGCAAUGUGCAAUGAUAAUAUUUCAAUCCCUGGUUUCGAUGACGAACUGCGCCUUUUGCUACAAGAUAUCAAGAGGUUUUUGAUCGGAAAGCGUAUAGAUAUAGACGAAUUGUUUUAUGGCGGUUCAAUUACCACGGAAGAGUUCUCACUAGACUCGCUUGAUAAUUUAAUCUUUUCUAUGUAUAGGUUCAAAGAGGUUACCAACAGAUUUCCUCAGAAGAUCACUAUCAUUGGUUUUGCGUUCAAAAUGGAAAGGUUUGUUAACUGCCAUGCAAUGGCUAUCGACUAUCCACGAUCAAACAUACAUUACAUUGGAAUUGACCCUAAACCAACAAAUUACAGCGAAGAACAGUUAGAAAAGUAUUAUGGCGAUCUGGUCAAACUGGAGCAUUCUAACGCACUGAACUUAUUCUUUUCAGAUUGGUACGCUACAAGGGAACCAUUAGUCGCCAAGAAGAAAUCGCGUAAUCCAUUCAACAGGACUGCGCCAUAUACUCAUUCGGAUCUACUAUUCAAUAGCUAUAUGAGGACAGAAGAUGACAAGAAAUACUUUGAGAAGAAUAUCAAGGACAAAAUGCCGUGGUCAUCAUUCGAUAAAUAG